AUGGUUAGGAUUAAGCAGACUACCGAGAGGCGCAAGCCAUUGGGAAUAAACCACAGAUUUGUCUACAAGUCUUCCAUACCAUCCAGAAUUAAAACAUACACUAAAGGAACUGAAGAUGACCUGGUUCUUCCUAUUUCUCCGGUGAAAAUAACUGCUCUUCCCCCGACUUCUCGCCCUAUCAAGAAAAUAAGACGAUACCUCCCUGGUUCCCUGGCUUUGAAAGAAAUUCGCAGGUACCAGAGGAACACUGCACUGCUAAUUGGGAAGUUGGCAUUCCAACGGCUUGUUCGUGAAAUUGCUCAAAAUUUCGCUCCUGGCUUGAGAUUUCAACCACUGGCACUGCUCGCUUUACAAGAGGCGGCAGAGUCGUAUGCAGUCGGCUUGUUUGAUGAUGUGAAUUUAUGCGCUAUUCACGCAAAAAGGGUUACGAUCAUGGCUCGAGAUUUACAGCUUGCUCUCAGGAUUCGAGGAGACAGGCUUUCUUAA